CAGCACAGAGUCCACGGUGUGUACGCUCGUUGCAUCGAAUGUCAGCAGUAGUGUCAGUUUCCAAGUCGGAGUGAGACGGGGCUAGCGUGUGAGUAUGAGGCUGCGCUGCUCAGGCGGGUAUGAGUGAGAGUGGGGUAAACAGGUCGAGUCGAGUCGGGUCGGGUCGCGUACCUUUUGCACUGACUGUUCUAGGCAGUCAGGCACAAGAAGGCCUUUUGAAUAGUAGCAGUGCGCGGUACUGUCUGUGUGCGCCACGUUUUUUGUGUGGACCGUGAUUUUUCUGUGCACUGUGAGAGAUUCGUGCGACGGCAGGCAGGAGAGUGAACGUAGAGUGUAACUUUCUACCGGGUGACGCAUCUGCAAUCUUCCGCUGGCCUGCGGCGACGGCUUAUCAGCAGCGACCUAUUGCGAAACCUACUCUCACUGUAUGCUUUUUUCGUUCGGUUCUAUUUUCGUUGACUGGUCCGUUAUCGGAACUGUGUAACCGGUCGUGACACGGAUAGUGAGACAUUCCGAUCAAUACGCGUGGAUAAGCAGUGAUCAUCGGGCGCCUAAUGCAGAUCGCGAGUGAUUGUGUGAAAUAUUUCAUCCGAAACAUUUCGUGAUUGCUCGAGAGUGACCAACGGCGACGGCGAUAGCCACGUGAUUCGGCAGUGAUUCUUGAGUGAUAUCAUUGGAGCACAAAUUGAAGACUCCACUACAAGGGAGAAGAAACGAGUAGAAUAAAAAUUGUUUAUGAUUGAAGUUGGAAAACAACGCCGUUUGUGGAAAUAAAUAUGAUUGUUGUGGGUUUGUGAUAAGACGAAGUUGGUUCUGAUUUUGUUUGUUUUCGACUUGGUUCGCGUCUUUGUUUUCCCUUACUUUUCUGUGCUAAGCGAGAGUGAAUUUCGGAACAGUCGGUAAACAACGCGGGCGUCAAUUUCUAGCGAAACUCGGCGAUUUAAGCAGGAAAAAUUUUCCUCGAUAGCGUAGGCCCCGAUUGUGGGGCCAAAACCGGUAGCAAUAUUAUUACCCACAACUCGCUCAGCAUGUACGGAGGAGGUGUCCUGUGUCCGUCGCCCUCGACGGCGACCGGAUUCUACAAUCCGCGCGGCCAGGGCUCCGAGAUUGGUGCCCUCGAGCUAGGCUUCCCCCGGGGGAUGGCCUUGGUACCUCCACCGCCGCACGGAGCCUGGCGGGAUCCCACCAGCCUAGGAUCACACCUGCCCGUGUCCAGUACCAGUGAGGACAUUACUACGCUUGGUGGUGGCAACGGGCCACCCUCAAUGCAGUCCAACACUUCAAUCGAUAAGAAAGAUUUCAUAUCAUCUGCGGCGUCGGCUGCCGGAACCGGAUCGCAGCACAACUCCGGCAGCCUAUCAGUUUCCCAGCACUCUUCCGUCGAUAAGAAGGAGUUCCUCUCGCUCCAGCAGAGCACCACCCCCGGAUCACAGAGCAUGAACUCCCAGAACGGAAGCCAACAGGACAUCAAAAAUCAAAACAUUGAAUGUGUCGUCUGCGGUGACAAAAGCUCCGGCAAACACUACGGACAGUUCACAUGCGAAGGUUGCAAAUCGUUCUUCAAGCGGUCCGUCCGACGGAACCUCACCUACUCGUGUCGGGGUAAUCGGAACUGCCCGAUCGAUCAGCACCACCGGAAUCAGUGUCAAUUCUGUCGUCUACGAAAGUGCCUCAAAAUGGGAAUGCGACGCGAAGGAGGAACUCGCCGAGGAACUCAUGCAUGUGCAACAUUUCCAGGAGCCGUACAACGAGGUCGCGUUCCACCGUCACAACCGCCGGGUCUCCCCUACGGUCAGUACUCGAUACCAAACGGGGACUCAGUUACCGGUUUCAAUGGGCACUCGUAUCUUAGUUCCUACAUCUCGUUACUGCUCCGGGCGGAACCAUACCCAACGUCCCGGUACGGGCAGUGUAUGCAGACGAACAACAUCAUGGGCAUCGACAAUAUCUGUGAACUGGCGGCGCGGUUACUGUUUUCCGCCGUUGAAUGGGCCCGAAAUAUACCCUUCUUUCCGGAUCUCCAGGUGACCGACCAGGUCGCGCUACUGCGGCUCGUGUGGUCAGAACUGUUCGUACUAAACGCAUCCCAAUGCUCGAUGCCACUGCACGUGGCACCCCUACUGGCAGCCGCCGGUCUACACGCAUCCCCCAUGGCCGCCGAUCGUGUAGUUGCCUUCAUGGACCACAUCCGGAUAUUCCAGGAACAGGUCGAGAAGCUGAAGGCACUACACGUUGACUCUGCCGAGUAUUCCUGUCUGAAAGCAAUAGUCCUAUUCACAACAGGUAAAAUGCUGGACUAUCUCUUCGGGGAUGUCCACGCACUGCUUGCUAAAAUCAGCUCCACACUCCAAACCCUGCAAUCCGAAUCCGAUGUCAUCCAUCUGGUGCAGAUGCAAAUGUACCACCUCUCCUCUCAACUACCCACUAACAACACAACUAACAAUAGUAGCAUAUCACCAAACACUUCCAUAAACACCACUAAUAGCAGUAGCGGGAACUCCUCGCUCAACAACGUCUCCGGAUCGUCCUCAUCUGGAUCGCUGACGGUGGCAGUUACCAACAAAGGUUCAACCUCACUGGCGUCACCCUCGGUGAUCACUUCAACCACGGCUGCCGCCAGUGAAGCAACAGCCACCGUCAGCUCCAGUAGUAGCUCGACGACUCCAUUGAACAACAACGAUCUCAAAACCGCCAACAACAACCUACUGGCCAGUGAAUCUGGCUGCUCCGUAACAGCAGGUAACUCAAUCACAGCAGCCGGUGUGGGUGCCCUUUUUGGCAGUAGUGCUCAAUCGAAAACUCCACCCCUGCCGACAUCGUUGUUCAGCUUUCAGGCGACCCCCAAUCGGUCCUACCACGGAACGCUGGAUGACUUUGUCAAUCUGAGCAGCAGCAGCCCGUAUGGAGUCGGUUCGUCCCCGUUUGGUACGGCCGGCUUCGGUUCGGGGGGUAUCUUCAGUCCAUACGCGAACGGUAGCCUACAGGGGGCGACCUCCGGGUCCAAGUAUCUUAGCGGUAGUGCCGAGUACAAAUUUUCCCCGUACAGUCCCUGGAAUAGACGGUAGAUUAGAUUAGACCAACGUCAGUGUUACGACGGUUCGACUGGUAGCACUUGAAGCGUUGUAAUACUUGUUACCUUUUUUUAGUCGUUUACGUUGUAAUUUGCUUGUAUGAUAAACACUAGAACCGUAGCGUAUUAUUUAUUGGUGUAUUUAUUUAAUUUAUUCGUUAUAUUUAGUUAAAUGUAGCUUGUAGUGGGCGUGUCGAUGAAAAUAAUGCAAGAAGAAUAAAUCAGCCAAAUCGUUUAAUUAAAAAUCAUUUAAAACAAAUCGUUUCAAUCUAAGUUAGGAAGAGAGCAUUUAUGGUUUCGGUUUAGAUUUCUUUAAAAUCAGCAUAAAUGCCAAAAUUGCACGGUAGAAACGCUAGGCAGUAGGCUGUAGUACAAAAUCGCGCACGCGAAGCCUGCUUGGAUCGUUCCCGUCCCAGUCCAAAAAAAAAUCGAGCAUUUGCAGUGCAGGCAAAGAAAUUAGACCGUCGUCGCGUUGAUUUCGUGUUCCGCUUGCUAGAUUCCGGGUUGUUAAGUCUGCUACAUCUUCAAAUUGCUCAAUCUGAUUACUCCUCGGCAGCAUAAAUCUUGUACUGCUUCCCUUUCACCCGUAAUCGUCAGGAAGCGAAUCUCGUCGUGCGCCGUGCUACGGAGAAGAAAACGACCAGGAAUGUUCUGCGAAAAUUCCAAAUAAACACCGUACGCUACCGCUCUUCGCUCCCGUAAGCCUCCCCCCCCCCCUUCCAAAGGGGUUGUCAUCACUCUUUGAGCCAAACGAAACGAGGGAAAGGCUCUGCAAUAUGCACGCCGCAGUGCCUACCUUCUCAAGAUGAUGAUAGCUUCGACGAAAGAAACGCCGAAAAAAAAACACAAACCAAGUAGAAACAAAACAGACACGGAACAUGAAUUCAUGUCUCGCGCGCGCGAAAUUUCCAUCUUCAUCAGCGCUGCUCUCGGGAUCUCUGGCAGCCGUAUACCUACUAGGUACAUCAAGGAGCCGUCGACAUAACCUUACCGAAGCGAGGUAACCAAAAACGUGCUUGGGAAAUCGUCGCGGCCAGAUAUCGCUCAAAAUGACACUUUCACAGAAAUUUCUGCCUGAUCCCUCUCGCCGCGGUGUCGUAGAAAACCCCUACGGUAAAAAUGCAAUAAAAAUUCAAUCUUUGUCCAGCUCUAAUUGAAUUUGACAGUUAAUAGCUGCCACGAGAGCGUUGUUUUUGUCCUCAAUUCGCAUACAAUAAGCAAACUUGCGCAAAAGGCUUCAACGCAGUAAAAUCGCCAGCUUUAUAGGCUUGCUAAAAUUUACUGUAUUAAUAAUUUCGCCUUUUACGAUUAUUAUGAUGAUUAUGUUUUAUUGCGAUAAUACUCACACGUCUCCUUCUGCCUCCACGCCAGGUAGGUAGGGCCGUCUGUCCGUCUCUUUGCACUGAUCCCGACUCGACCUUUCGCACCUAUUUUCACAAUUUUAUAGGCAUGCAAUUCCAUCCGCAAGUUACUGCUGCUGCUUCAAGCUUCUUCGAUUCUGCUUGAACGAGAAAGCCUUCGUUGGCAUAGAGCAUUCCGAAAAUGCAAUAUAAACAAUUACGAAAUUUUGCAGGGUUAUACAUUUGACAAUCGAUUCGCGGACGUCAUGAUGACACAACUGGUAAAAGUUUGUCAGCCCAGUUAUGCAUGCUGGCUUUUUGUAGUUGUUGUUGUUGUUGCAAAACAGUUGAUGUCAUAUGUAUUGACGACACACCAUAGUGCAAGAAGAUACCCUAUGUACGUUGCUAACGAUGUUUGAACAAAUAUUUAAAUGAUAAUUAACCUUUUCAUUGGGCAAAUGAAUUAAAUUACAAUUAAACUGUCCACCCAACUGACCAAUUGGAUGGGUUUCCCCGUCGAGAGUCGUGUCGUUCAAAACGUGGGUUAGCAAGUGGCAACGCGAGAAUGUGACUGAAUUAGAGCUGGGAGGGAGACAAAAAUAACGCACACUAAUUUCAUUUUAUAGUUUGUCCUUCUUGCCAAGAAAAUGAUUGCAUUUGAAUAUAAAUGAAAAUAGGCGUUGAAAAUUUGGCUCUUUUUCUUUUGGUGUGUAAGGAUUGUUUGACGUUGUGCAUUGUGUAGUGGGAAAAUGUGCCUUUCUGAUUUGCAUUUUAUUGUGCCUCUAAAGAUUUCGGCAAAAACCUUGAUGAAUGGAAUCUUUCAAUAUGUAUCGAAGUAAACAUAUGGUUUGUUCUAUGAAUAAAUACUUUACGGAAGAUAAUAAUACCACAUUCUGCAUUCUUGUUCGACUAUAAGAAAAGCAUCAUCGGUUCGGCUAGUGCAAGUGUUGUCAGAUUGUUUCAAGCUUAUCGGUUUCAAAUGUUUUUAAAAAUCGGUAUUUAUUGAUAUAUAGAAUUUUAAUUAAUUUUAUAUUUUGCCGUUUUUGAAGGCGCAAAUUUAAAGUAUUGGACUACGAACAGCCAUUCCAGGAGAGUCGGAAUAAAUUUUCGGUGAAUGUUUUAAUUAGCUUUUGAAGCAAACCGAUCAAAUACUAGGAAAAUAAGAAAGAAGUUCUUUUGGAGGAAGUUUGAAGAAAAGUAGUAAAACCAUCCGGGGAACUUCAAUGCAAAAUAUUGAAAAUCUUCUAGGGAAGAUUUAAAGAAAACAACGUGUCAUCUGCCAUUUCCAGGGAAGCUAUGAGAAGCUUGGAAAAAACUUCCAAUAGAAGUUGAAAAAACCUCCGGAAGAAGCUCAUGGAGAAACUUCCAGAUGAAAAUUAAAAAAAAACUUCUGGGAUUAUUCGAUGAUACUUCCGGUAAAAGUUUAAAGAAACUUCCUGGAGAAGACAGAAGAAACUUCCUGAAGACGCUGAAUGAAACUUCCUAGGGAAUUUAAAAAAAAAGCCUCUUCCGGUGGAAGCCAGACGGUUUUCAAGACAGUCAAAAUAACCUUCUAGGAGAAGUUGGGGAAAAAAUCGGAAGAAAGAGAUAUCUGGGGGAUGUCUAAAGAAUGUUUCAGUGAAAAUUGGCACGAUAUUAGGGGGGAAAUUGAAAAACUGGCGAGAGAAGACGGAAGAACCUUUCGAGCGAUGCCAAAAGAAGCUUCCAAGGGAAGUCGAAAUAACUUUCUGAUGGUGACGACUGGCAUUUGAGGAGAAUUGCUUAGUUUAACGGCUUUCUCAGUCUUAAACACUCUACAACUACGAUAUAAUCUACCCGAAUCUUUCGAAAUGUAUUGUUCUUGAAUUUUUUCCCGGUAUUUGAACGUUUUAAAUCUAUUUUUCAUACUUUUAGAAACUGCCCAAAAUUUUUUCAUCAACAUUUAAUGAUUUAUGAUAUUACUCUUUCUUUUAACCUUGGUUGGGCGUUAACAUUUUGCAACGAAUAUGGUUUUAACGGGUAACGGUAAAUUUGAACAAAGUUCUCGUAAUCAAACCUAUAAGUUAUUGUAGUCAAAUUAUUUGGCAUAGUAUGAUUAUUAUGAUUUGGCC